AUGUUCGUCGAUCGGACUGUCGACGUCACCGCCACCCCAGGCGCCAACAAGGAGAAUGUUCCAUCUAAGAGGUGGCCAACUCCCCAGUCCAUUGACAAGCUACACAAACCAUUCAAAUGCCCUGGAUCGGCGACACGAACCGUAUCGACUGACCGACCUGCGCGGAAGAGGAGAAAGGUCGAUUAUAAAGGUGCCGAUGGCGAGGCGGACGCGGACAAGCCUUGGACCAAUGCCGACAGACUUGCCCUAGCCAAUCGAGACGCGAACAAGUUCCCAGUCUUCCAGGCGAAGGACAAGUCAACCGUGUUCCGGAAGGCAUUUUCAAUUCCUCUCAUCAACAAGAACUCUGCCGCAUACAACCCCAAUCGACCCCCGCCUACUCUUGGUCUGCGCACCGGAGCUGUCUUUGUAGCGAAGCCUUUACAUGACCCAAGUGGCGAAUUUGCGAUUGUGCUCCAUGACCCAACGGUGGACGAUAAACCAAAAGAGCUGGAAAAAAAGGAUGAAAAGAAGGAUGCCGAACCAGAAAAGAUUGACGCGCCUCUUGUUCACAAGAGCCUGGCAGAAAUCCUUGGCAUAAAGAAAAAGGUCGAGGGAGAGCACCCACGAGUUCCCGUUGUCAUCGACCCAAGACUAGCCAAAGUCCUCCGACCGCAUCAAGUUGAGGGUGUCAAAUUCAUGUACAAGUGUGUUACUGGCAUGAUCGAGGAGAAGGCGAAUGGCUGCAUCAUGGCCGACGAGAUGGGUCUCGGCAAAACACUGCAAUGCAUCACGCUUCUGUGGACUCUCUUGAAACAGUCGCCUGAUGCAGGAAAGACCACAAUUCAGAAAGCAAUUGUCGCUUGUCCGUCCAGUUUGGUUCGAAACUGGGCCAACGAGCUGGUGAAGUGGCUGGGCGCUGAUGCCAUUACCCCUUUUGCGAUUGACGGAAAGGCAUCGAAGGAGGAGUUGACACGACAACUUCGUCAGUGGGCCAUCGCUAGUGGCAGAUCCGUCACGCGGCCAGUUAUCAUCGUGUCUUACGAAACGCUUCGUCUGAAUGUCGAGGAAUUGAAGCAUACCAAGAUCGGUUUGAUGCUUUGCGAUGAGGGUCACCGACUCAAGAACGGCGACAGUCAGACUUUCAGCGCUCUCAACAAUCUCAACGUCACCAGACGUGUCAUUCUGUCUGGCACGCCCAUUCAAAAUGAUUUGUCCGAGUACUUUUCUCUGAUCAGCUUUGCCAACCCUGAUCUGCUUGGUACCCGAUUGGAGUUCCGCAAGAGAUUCGAGCUUCCUAUUUUACGCGGACGAGAUGCCGAUGCCAGCGAGGCCGAGAGGUUGAAGGGAGACGAGUGUUUAUCCGAGCUUCUUGGUAUCGUCAACAAAUUCAUCAUUCGCCGCACGAACGACAUUUUGUCCAAGUAUCUCCCCGUCAAGUACGAACAUGUGGUGUUCUGCAAUCUGGCACCUUUCCAACUCGACCUCUACAACUACUUUAUUACCAGUCCGGAUAUCCAGGCCCUUCUUCGUGGCAAGGGAAGCCAGCCGCUGAAGGCCAUCAAUAUCCUCAAGAAGCUCUGUAAUCAUCCGGAUCUGCUUAAUCUUGCAGAGGACCUGCCCGGAUCAGAAAAUUGCUACCCUGAAGACUAUGUUCCCAAAGAAGCGCGUGGCCGCGACAGAGACAUCAAGCCUUGGUACUCGGGCAAGAUGCAAGUCCUUGAUCGCAUGCUGGCCCGCAUUCGCCAGGACACCAACGACAAAAUUGUUCUCAUCAGCAACUACACUCAAACACUUGACCUGUUCGAGAAGCUGUGCCGUUCGCGAGCGUACGGAUGUCUUCGUCUGGAUGGUACUAUGAACGUUAAUAAGCGCCAGAAGCUUGUUGACAAGUUUAACAACCCUGACGGUGAUGAGUUCGUCUUUCUCCUCAGUUCUAAGGCUGGUGGCUGUGGUCUCAACCUAAUUGGCGCCAACCGCCUUGUCCUCUUCGAUCCUGACUGGAACCCUGCUGCAGACCAGCAGGCUCUUGCUCGUGUAUGGCGUGAUGGGCAAAAGAAGGAUUGUUUCGUAUACCGCUUCAUCGCCACAGGUACUAUCGAGGAGAAGAUUUUCCAGCGACAGUCACACAAGCAGUCGCUCUCCUCUUGCGUUGUUGACUCCGCCGAAGACGUUGAGCGCCACUUUUCGCUAGACAGUUUACGCGAACUGUUCCAGUAUCGGCCAGGUACAAACUCCGAUACUCACGACACUUUCAAGUGUAAGCGGUGUAAGCCUGAUGGCAGGCAAUAUAUCAAAUCGCCUGCCAUGCUAUACGGUGACACGAGUACUUGGAAUCACUUUAUUAAUGAGGGCCUGAAGCCCAUUCAAGAUUUGUUGUUGAGGCAGGAAUGUGGCGAGCCUGAGGUGUCGGCUGUUUUCCAGUACAUCUCCCACUAG